AGAUGAGUGCUUAUCAUGUCGGGCAACUGGUCGACAAAAUGUCGAAUCCGGAUAAGGAUUUCCGGUUCAUGGCUUGCAAUGAUUUGAUGAAAGAUUUGCAGACUGGAACUAUCGCUUUGGAGGACGAUUCGACUGCUAAAGUCAUUCGUGCUCUAAUCAAACUGCUCAGUGACUCAAACGGAGAAGUUCAAAAUCUUGCGAUCAAAUGUAUUGGACUCCUUGCUCAGCCAUCGAAAAUCAAAACGCAUCAUCUGGAAUAUCUCGUCGAAGAGCUCACUCCACACGUUUUUUCGAAAGCUGAACAAUCAAGAGAUAUUCAUUCUCUCACACUUAAAGCAAUGAUUCUAAAUUUGGCUCCAUCGGCUUCAAGUAAUGCAACAACUACAGUUGUCAAGAGAAUGUUGCCAAAAUUUGUGGAUUCUCUGUCGUUGUGUGCUCCAGAUGAUGCGGCUCGUGUCGAUGUUCUCGAUUUGAUUGGAGAAGUUUUGCUGAGAUUUGGUGAUGUUGUUCCCGAAAUGCACAAAGGAUCGUUGAAAGUGAUGGUAGAUCACUUGUAUUCAUUCCGUUCCGCUAUCAGAAAGAAGGCAAUCACUGGAAUCGGACAUCUUGCCUCUGUAAUCAACGGAGAGCUUUACGAUGAGCUCGUUCAAGAUUUGCUCAAAGAGCUGGCUCAACGAUCCCCUCCAUCGUCGGCUGCUCAAAAUGUGCAACUUCGUACACUUGUGAUCGCGUUGAGCACUGUCGCACGAGCCAGUGGAUCGAGAUUCUCGAAGCAUACGCCGAAAGUUGUUCCGUUCCUUCUUCAAUAUCUUCAAAUUGAUCCUGGAACCGAAUCGGAGCACGAUGAUCUACGGGAAGCUUCUAUUCAAGGAUUGGAAGUAUUUUUGUACCGGAAUCCACAGGAAGUUGUAGCUUUUGAGAAGGAAGUUAUCCAACAGCUCACUGAUGCACUGGCCUAUGAUCCGAAUUACGAGUAUGGAGAUGAUGAUGAGGAUGAGCAAAUGGAAGAUGAUGAAGAUGACGACGAAGAUGAAUACAGCGACGACGAAGACGUCACAUGGAAAGUUCGCCGCGCCGCCGCAAAAGCCAUCGAAGCAAUGAUCUCAUCACACCGGGAAUCCCUUCUCAAUCUCUCGCAAAAAAUCGGUCCAGUAGUGAUUGGACGAUUCAAAGAACGCGAAGAGACUGUCCGAACUGAAAUCAUCUCAGUCUACAUUGCCCUACUCAAUCAGAUCUCCAUUUUGGUCCCAGAUUUGCAGAAGGCCGUUGUGGCCGCCGACGAGGAUUCCAUUGAAACUGAUGAUAUUGUGGUGAUUGGUGGAACCAAAUUUUCGACGAAUUAUCUAUCACGCAGCCAGUUGGCUAUAAUUCAAUCGUUAGCUGAUCAGAAAGAUGUGCUUCUUCGUACAAUCACAAAAUCGAUGAAAAAACACCCGAAAACUGGUCCAAAAUGCAUUGAACUUCUUUCGGCCCUAAUUCGGACCUAUCCAUCAGGCCUUGAAGAUAGUCUCGAUGAUAUUAUUCCGGCUGUAUCCAACAUUUUAACCGAUAAAAAUGCGUCGGCUCAGGGAAAAAUGACUGUGCUCAGCUUCAUUUCGAAUGCCUUGACACUCAAUAAUCCGAAGAGAUUCAAGAAUUUGUUGAGCCCAUUGACCACAAUUAUGACUCAUUCAAUUUCUGAGCCAUUUUAUAAAGUCUCAGCAGAAGGCCUCGCAGUGUGCUGUAAAUAUAUUGAUGUGCUCCGUGAGCUGUCGGCUUGUGGUGGAAAUGAGGAGGCGAAGAAGUUAUUGGUCGUUGUUGAGAAGAAAUUUAUGGCUAAUGAUACUGAUCAAGAGGUUCGAGAGAGAGCUAUCUCUGCUAUUAGUAUGCUGUUGGCGGCUUUCAAGGAUGUGCUCAAGAAUGAGACCCCUGCAAUCCUGGAAAAGAUGACAGAACGCAUCGGCCGAGAUAUGACAUGUCUUGUGGCAUUCCGUGCUUCUACUCAUAUUGUUGAAGCUGGAAUUAUUUUCAGUUCAGCUCAACUUCAAUCGAUUCUUCGUCAUGUCGUCGAUUAUGUCAAGAAGAUUGCAAGAUCGCUGAGAAUGACAUGUCUCAAUUUUGUGGAGAAGCUGAUGAAACACUCGCCAGCCGGAUCGAUUCCAGUCGAAGAGCUCACUUGUGUGCUCGGAGAAAUGUCGAAUUUGAUUAGUGAAACUGAUUUACAGAUUACAAAUCAAGCAUUCUGCUGUCUUACAUAUGCUUUCCUCAAUUUCCCGACCUGCGUCUCUCUUCAUAUGCAACCAAUUCUUGAUUCUAUCAUUCGACUAUUGACUUCUCCACUUAUUCAGGGCCUUGCUCUCAAUUCCCUUCUCAAUCUGUUCACCGCCAUCGUCAAAACCGAUUUCCCCGAAAAACCGACAUUCGAAUCACUUUUAGACUCAGUGACGUCACCAGUCUACGAUAAUGUUGCUCUUUCGAGACAUGCUCAUAUGGCAAUUGCUUCGUGUGCAGCUGUCAUAACUGAAAGUACUCAAAAUCUGGAAAAAUCGAGAUCUCUCGCAAAGAAGCUUGCUCAACAACUUCAAACCGCGAAUAUGUCUGAUUCAAUUCGCCUCUUCGCAAUGAUAACUCUUGGAGAACUCGGCCGUCGUGUUCCAGACACUUAUAGUCCAGAUUUCCCAGUAAAGCCUGAAGAUUUGGCGAUUAAGGCUUUUAAUCAUCAUCAUGAAGAUCUCAAAUCAGCAGCAGCUCAAGCUCUUGGAGCAUUAGCUGUUGGAAAUUUGAAUGUAUAUCUUCCAUUUAUUCUCGAACAAAUUCGUACUCAACCAAAGAAGCAAUAUUUGCUAUUGCACGCGUUGAAAGAGGUCAUUGUUUGGGAAUCAUCUUCUGAGGAAUCUACGAAAUCAACGGAUCUAUUUAGAUCGGCAAUUGUUGAUAUUUGGGGAAUGUUGAUGGCUAAUGCUGGUGGAAAUGAGGAUGGAACGAGAAGCGUCGUCGCCGAAUGUCUUGGCCGUCUGUGCUCAUUUGAUCCAGAAUCUCUGCUUCCAAAGCUUAAAGAGAGCAUGAGAUCUUCUGAUCCAGCAAUCCGAUCGUCUGCAGUUUCUGCGAUCAAGUAUAUGAUUAAUGAUGAGAAGAGAAUUGUGGAUAUUACGCUGCAAAAGCAAAUUGGAGAUUUCUUGGCUGCUGUCCGAGAUGAAGAUCUCAAAGUUCGUCGUGUUGCUCUGGUUGUGCUCAAUUCUGCUGCUCACAACAAGCCGGCUCUUGUCAGAGAUUUGCUUCCUGAUCUGCUUCCAGCUGUCUACGAAGAGACAAAACUUCGUAAGGAGCUUAUCAAAGAAGUCGAGAUGGGACCAUUCAAGCAUCAAGUCGACGAGGGUCUUGAUCUCAGAAAAUGCGCUUUUGAGUGCAUGUUCACCCUCUUGGAAAGCUGCGUUGACAAGAUAGACAUCACUCAAUUCUCGUCAGUAAUGGAAGUUGGAUUAUCCGAUCAGAAUCAUGACGUCAAACUUCUCAACUACUUGACCCUCCAACGUGUCGCUAAUCUUGCUCCAGGACAAGUUCUCCAACGAAUCGAUCGUGUCUGUGAACCGUUGAAGACUCAAUUGAACGUUCGUCCACGUGGAAAUGCUGUUAAGCAGGAAGUUGAGAAGCUUGAAGAGCUGAAGAAGGCUGUCAUUCGUGUUGUAUACGGAUUGAAGUUGAAGCUGCCAGAAGUUGAGAGAAAUCCACAAUUUUUGGAUCUUUACAACACUAUCAAACAUACCAAAGAGUUGGAGGCUCUCGCCAACGAUGUGCUCAAGGAGUCUCAACGCGCGGUGGUCUACGACACUCCAAUGGAAACUGCAUAAUUAUAUCGUUUUUUUUUGUGUUCCCCCCGCCCGCGCCGAUAAUUCUAUAUUUUUGUGUGUAAUUAUACAUAGUUACAGUAUAUUCCCCUUUUACCCAUUUUUUUUUUCGUUUUUGUCUACCGGACUUUUGAAUUUUGCGUAAAAAAUACGGUCUCGGUACUGUAGUUUCAAACUUUUUUCUCGGCGGGAUUUUCAAUGAUUUCUCAUGGUUCCACCACAAAAGUUUUAAAUUACAGUAAUUUUUAAAGGCGCACACAUUUUUUUGCAUGCAACAAAAAUUGUCGUGCUGAGACCCGUAUUUUUCGGCCAAAUUUUCGCGUCUGGAUAAUAUCAAUUUCCCCUUUUCCCCUGGCUACUCUAUACUGUCAUCGCGAGUCGAUUUCCCCACUUUUGUGUGUAAUUGUAUUUUAUUUAUUCUUUUUUUCGCCCCCCUCGCACCUUACUUCAUCCAAAAUUUUUUGUCCGCAAAAAUUAAGAUUUUUAUCAAUCUGAAAUAUUAUCCUCGAGUUCUUCUGGUAAACUUUUUUCGCAUUUCAACUCCACCUACCAAUUCUCUGACCUUAAAAGUGCAUAGUGUAGUCUACAUUUGGGUACACCAACACAGAGCCUUAUCACGUUUUUAUGCACAUUGACCCACCCCCAGCCUCUUCCCUAAAUUUCACUUUUUAUCAGAAUUUUCAAAUUUUUUUUGUUUACUAGUUUUUUACCUAGCUUUUGGAAAAGUUGGAAUUUUAAGAAAAACGUUUUUUGAAAUUUUCAAUUUUAAUUCCAAAAUUAAAAUUCGCCCCAUAAGUGCAUCCCCAUUAAUUGAACCCCAUAAUUCAUUAGCGAUACCCCUAGUACUACAUAAAUCAACGUGAUAAAGGCCACAAUA